AUGGCGAAGUUCCAAGGCAACUGUACCGAGGGGCCCAUGGCUUGUUCCCCACCAUCGCACUUUGCCUUUACAUUUUACCCUCACGACCAGGAUAUCACAUCGAGACAUCGUUGCACGUUUGCCGCCACCGACAUGGACAGACUUCCACACCGUCCCGCAGUCUCUAAAGACGAGGCCAUCCUCGCGCAGAUCGGGCAGAUGAGACAGGAAAUCAGAGAGCGAUUCGCAGCCAUGGAGCACGAGCUCGCAGCCACCCGUCAACACGUCGAAAACCUGGCCACCAGAAUCACAGCAAGUGAUUUCAACAACAUAGCUAGAGUCCAAAAUACCCACCUUCGGACGGCAAAUGACCCCCUCACGCCCCUCGUCAGUCCUUCAACCGGAGCCGCCAUCCCGGGAUUCCCAGCCACGUCUGCAGAUAUUGACGAGAUGAGUGGCGAUGAGAUGGAUGCUCUCCUACAACAGCUGGGUCUACAACCUGCCGGUUCAGACAUGGCGGAGAAGAUCAAGCGGUUGAGGACGUUCAUCGGCUUGAGAGCAGAGCGUUUGCUGCACUGA